CAUACAGAGGCAGCUCCGCCUCCUCUGCAGUGAAGCGCCAGCCAGGGAGGGCAGCAAUGGAGGAGCCAGCAGUGCAGCAAGAAAAAAUAGAGAAAUCACAGGAACAAGGGGAGGAUAGAAGAAAGGCAGAUUGGAAAAAUGAAUGCUCUUUCUCGAAUUUGCUUAAGCAUUCUUGCUUUAUAUGUUGGACAUCUCCUGGAGACACAGACGUCAUAGAAAUGGAUGACCGAGUCCUGGCCAAGGCAGCUGAGAUCAGAGUAAGACCGCAGCACCUGCCUCUGGUGUGUGUGCCUGAUUGUUUUUUCUCUAUCUGUUGGCUUUUUGUGUACCUUAUGAGCUGGAAAAUGCAUUGGCAGUGGAGAACAUGGAACUUCAGGAGCAGCAAUCAGACUGUAAGGACUUAGAAGAGACCAUGGUGAAAUUUGAGAAACACAAAGAGAAAUUGAUCCAGCAGAUAAAGGCAACCAGACAACUCUGCUAUGAAGAAAGUCAAAAGAUACUAUCCUUGCAAGCAGAAGAAGCACAAAAUGAGAGCCAGGUGGAGGAGUAUGAAAGAGAACUUGCCCGAGCUCGGUGGAGGCUGAAAAAGCUCAGGGAGGAGGUGAAGAGAGCAAAAAGGAAGGUGGAGGAGGCUCGAGAGAGAGACACUCCCCUCCAAGACUCCAUCAGACAGUCUUAUGAAGAGAUCCUGCAGGAAGAGAACACUCUGUGUUCUUUGUCAGGAGGUGGAGUGACACCUGACAGCCAGCUUGAGGAAUCUGCAUCCCCUGCAGACACAACUGAGGAUGAUCCUCUUCCUAUGAAGCCAUGGGGAAGAAGUCAAUCACUGCCUGCCUAUGCUGACCUAAUAAUGGGGGCUGGCGAUUUAUCUUUCUGUAAUAAUCUAGCAGGUACUAGAGAGGAUGAUGAAAGUGGGAGCAGCUCUACAAAGGAAAUGGAUAGAUCAGACAUGGAAGAAGAUCCAGAGAAUGGAAAGAUCCACAAUGAAAGGAAUAAUGAGAUGGAAGAAGCUCCUACUCUUAACCCAACCCCGCUAAAUCAGCUGGACUUCUACCAAGUCAACCUGUUUACUUACUGUCAGACAGACAAUGAUCUCUUCAACGAGGACCUGUUUCCUAAAACAGACUCAUCUGAUGGUUUUGCCUCAGACCCUUUCAAAGGCAGUGACCCUUUUGCAAAAGAUAUUUUCUUUCCCAGUGCUAAAGACGAGGUGGAAAAUGAGGCAGACACCAGUUUGUCAUGUGCGGAAAACAAAGCUUCAACAGGAACUCAGUGCUUUGAAUCUGAAUUCCCAGAUGAAGAUAGUGACAUAGAAAUCAGCUACAGCAGAGAAGACUUGGAUGUCAUUGCUGUUGUAGAUGAUUCCAGUGGAUUUAAACCCAUUCAGAGCUCAUCAGAAGAGUUCAUGCCAGAACCAACCCUGGAGAGGAAGUGUCCAGGUCAGCAUUCCAUAGAAUCAGACCCGAGUGGGUAUGAGCUGGAUCUCUGUCCUGUCUCCUCACCCUCUAAAAUAGAGUACCACCAUGGAUUUCUAGAUGAGGAGGCUACCACUGAGGACACAGAAGGACCACAAGGUAAGAAUAAUUUAAUCUGGUAAAGUUAAUUUUUGGUCUUUGUAAGGGACAAAAACUGAAACUCAUUUUUGAUUAUAGUUUGGAAAAAAAUCAAUAAAAUCUCUUAUUUUAAAAUUCAUGUCACAAGAUAAAGUAGGUUUAAAAAAUUUGUUAAUUCCAGAUUUUACAUUGAAAAACUGAAAUGUUCUGGUAUAGAAAUUGGCAUGGAUUUCACCUCAAAACUCUUAGUGAAAACUGAACUGAUAUUACAGCGACAAUUUGAUUGUUGACACAAUUUAUGACAGCAUGCCUCAUACUUUCUGAAAUCUACACACAAAUCAAAAAACACACAAUGGACAGAACACUUCAAUCCUCCUGAAAAAUGGAAUGUCACAUUCAAAACAACAUUCUCUUACAAUUGUUUUGUUUUCAGAAGACACAUCCAUAUAUGAUGAGAUAUAAGAGCCAGCUGGACACUGAUGCGCUCAAUGUAAAACUGAUGAAUGGAAAACACCUCUCCAUUCAUCAUAAUGACUUAGGUCUUUUGUUCAGUGUUACACUUACUACACACAGUAAAUACAGUGUUACAAUACGUUUUAGAAUAUUGCUUUUGUACUCAGAACAUAGACACUAACAAAUAUGUUUGGAUUUUCC